AAUAAUCAGGUGUCAGUGAUAUCGUGCCAACAGACGGACCUGUCAUUUCGUCACUCUGUACCCGCAUUAAAGUCAUUUAGCAUGUCCGUCCAGAUACUGUCUUGUAUACUGAUUAGCGACGAACCAUAAAAUACUAUUGCUAAGUACCGUGAAUGAAAGUUGUCCUCAAUACUUCAGCAAACAUAGUUCAGCGAUUGUAACUCCGGAUUUGCCCUUGCUUAGAAUGACAAAGAUUUUCUAACUGUGCUUGAAUGAGGGUGUUUUUUAUCUUCAAGGAUACAACUGCUCGCUUUAUGUCAAAUAUAAUUCGCAAAUCAAAUCUACCGUUUAUGUUUACAUUUCAUGCGUUUUCUAGCAAAAGUUCAAGAAAAACAAAGUAGAUUUCAAUUUUUUCAAAUGGUGUUUAACAUAUCUUUAAACGGAAUAUCUGCCAAUUUGUUCUUGAUUGUCAUGCAGUAAUGAUCAUUGUACACACGAUGUUCGAUGUGGGAGAUCAACAUAUUUGCUAUUUGGGCUAAGGCUAUUGAUUGUGCACAAAACUAAAUUCUUAUGUGACUUGGUGUUCUUGUGAAAAUUGAACAAGGUCAUAAUCGACAAAAGUUCAGCAGUAGAAACAAGUUUACUCACAUGAAGAUUGUUUUUGGAAUCAUAUCUUUGAAGUGGAGCCAUUUAGUUCUUAAAUAACCGGAUAAGGAGUUAAUUCAAAUUUGAUUCAUCUUUUUUUUUCUGUUUCGUUUUGUGUGGUUUCAUUCUCAAUAUUUAAGAGACCUUAACAGUGUUUUCGACUGGAAAAAUAAAUGAUGUGCUUUAGAUCUCUCGGAUGUAUUCUGUGAUAUUAACGGUUCAGAGGUAAAGAUUUACGUGGAAAGAUGCAGCGUCAGAAGAUGAAGAGAUGACAAUCCAUUUGUGUUCCAGGAAUUACAUCUCCUAGGCGGGAAGAGAUGAUCAGCAAGAACUCGGAUCAGUAUGGGCUAUUUCUACCUAGUUCAGAUUCCGAGGCAGAUGUAGAGACACUCUUCAGUGGUCAUCUUCCCGGAAGACGGUUACGCGGAAUAAAGCUGAAUCCGAUAUUUCACGAACGAGGGUAUGAGGACCUCCAUCUACGUAGCCAAUCGGAGAGUGACCUCACAGCUGAAGAUAUCAACCUCAGGGUGUACGAAAGUCUCCCGCGUUCAAAAUUGUUUCAUCCCAAACCUCUAGACAGGAAGUUUAGUUCGGAUUCAUCCCUACUAGAUUCUGAUAAACAUGAUUCUGAUGCGUGUUCACGGAGGAUAGGAAUAGCAAACCGUUUCGGUAGUCACCGUAAACAUCGCGCGCGGCAUAAAUACGAUAUUAAGCGUGUUAAAAGUAGUGUUGGGAGCCGUACAACAAACGAUGAUGACACUGGAUAUGGGGAGUGUGCUUACGAUUAUAAUACGUUCAGCAGUGAUAUGACUGAAAAAAGUUACAAACACGAACCGAAACGUGUUAAAAGAAAAAGCUCUCGAAGGGCAGCCAUAAUGGACAUGACCAGUUUUGACUCGAGUGGUGACAGCAUGAAGCUGGAUUCCGCUAGUGUCAAAGAACAUAAUGAUGAUAAUAGUAGCGAAACGGACAGCCAUUUUGAUGAUCUUACGCCAACUCAACAUGACUUAUCAACGACUUUCUCUGAUUGGAACGAGUGCAUGGAACCUAUGUCAUUGCCUCCGAGUCUCGAAUCUCGAACACGGAUGUCAAUACAACGUAAAGGAUUCGUUGGGCGUGUGAAUUCUUCCCGGUGCAAAAAGACUGCUGUAUCGUCCUCUUCCAAUGAUGAAUCCAUGGAAUCUAAACCCAUCAAACCAAUUCUUUUAUCUUCGUCAUCUUGUGAAGAAUCAACAGCUAAUUACAGACGUAAGUCUUGUGUAUCUUCUGGGGAGAGCAAAAUGGUGACCUUUGCAGAGGACACGGUUUUUAACGAAGAUAAACCUAAACGUUACCAAAAGGAAAGGAUUAACCUCAAAGACUUGUAUGGUGGUAGAAUAUUUAGUAGUUCAGCUAUAGCUAAAAUUAAUCCGUUAUUUACUGAUGAUGAUGGUAUAAUGAUAGAUGAUGAGGAGGAUAACAACAAUGGGUUAACUGAUGACGAGAAAGCGGAAAGGCAUACCUAUCCAGGAUCAAUUUCCAAAUCUUCCAUUAGUUCUGGAAGCACCCUGUCCGCUCAGUACUUAGAUUUAAACACCCCGUCUUAUUUAUCAAAAUACCUAAGUCAUGUGUCAAGAGAUACACCCCAUACUGUAACCAGUGGUGAAACAAGUACAGGUUCUCCUGACAUUUAUAUACCAUUAGAUAUAGAUGUUGAUAGUAACAAAGAGGAAGGCAGAGAUAGCUAUUUGUCAACCGAAGCUUUGUAUGGUGUUUCUCAAGGAUACGAUCGGUUGUUGUUAAGGAGAAUGGCUAAAAGAAAGAGAUUGCAUAUAAUAAAAUGGAUAGUGAUAGUAGUGGCUUUAUUUGUGAUAGUAGCUGGUGGAAUAUCAUUAGUUAUAUAUUUUAGUUCAGAUAAAUCCUGAUUAUAAUAUAAUUUUUGAUUGGAUUCAUUUGGGUAGUAAAAGUUUCAUAUUCCCUGACCGGUAUUCUUGGAUUGUGUUUUAAUCUUUAUUUCUGGAUAUAUACACGUGCACUUCCUGGAUAUCUGUAGCAGAUAUUGUGAUAAUUACAGUGAAUGCCUUGCUUUUGCUGUUGAUUCUGAACAUGGGGUGGUGUAAUUGAUAGACACCCAUGAUUUACAUGCUUGUAAAGAAGCACAAUAGCUAUUAAAAGCACCAGUCUAUGAUAAAAUUUAGUGUGCGUAAAUGGUGAUAUGCCGCUUCCUGUGAUUUGUAUAUAUGAUGAAAUUUACAAUUCUCGUGUGUAAACCUCUAUGUGCUCUUUUCAAGUGUUUAACUGAAGAAUAUUUGGAUUACCAGUGGGGAAAAUGACAGUUUAAAAUAAAUACAGAAAUAAUAAUUAGACUUGCAAGUGAAAAUAUUAUAAAAACCAGAAACAUAUUUUGAACCACAAUUCGUUAAUUGGCGUAGGCUAUAGAAUUUUAUACUGAUCAAGGCCAAUGAUUGUUUAUGAGAAUUUAGUUCAGUUCGGUAAUGCUCAUCGAAAAAUGAUAAAACUCGGCAACCGAGUUUACAUUAGACAAACGUUAUGCAACAAAUUUGUUUCGCUAAAUGCAAAUGUGGGCGACAUUCCACAAUUAUUAUAGUGUAUAGUUAUAUUAUUUUAGCCUGGAUGCCCGUGCUAUGUUAUUUGUCUCUGUAAAUAGUCAAAAAAAGGAAUGUUAAAUGCAAUAGUCUUCAAUAAUUGAAACAAAAAAUAAACUUCUUAUUAAGUGCUUGGCAGUCUUAUUUUGAAAAGAAAUUAAAGUCCCACGUUCACUUUGGUAAUUUCAAAAUGUCAAAAUUUAUACAAGGCUAAAAUUUCAUUAAAUGGCCCGUAUUGAUUCCAACUGUUAGUUUAAAGGGUAUAUCGCUAUAUUCUUUGGAACCUAAAAUGGUCAAUAAUGUGACAAAAUAACACAUAUUAAAGAUUCAUUAUGUAAGAGCUAAAUCUACCUAUUGCAUGUCUUUAUUUUGGUUUCAAAUGUUGUGAACUGUUAUUUACAUUCAUUAACAUACCAAGCCUUUAUUUAACUCUCUAGAUCAUAGGAUGGCACAGAUUUAACUGGAUUAGAAUGACCGUGAAAUUUAAAAAAUUAACGAUAAAAUGGACAAACAAGACUAAGUCUCGAAGUUCCAGUACCGUUUCUAUGAUAAUAAACAAUCUGUGCUACAUCUUCCAACUCCUAUAACUUCGCUCAGAAUAAAGUAAUUUGAAUGAAAUUUUCGAUAUAUUCAUUUUUCAUUAUCUAUGUUUGAACUUUGCAAGAAUGGUCAGCUCGUUAUCUUACAUAAUGCAUCUUUAUUGCAAUAUAAAUGAUAUAAACUGAUAUACAUCCACUUUAAAAAAAACCCUCCAAUUAUUGUAACUUCUAAUCGCGUAAGCAGUCCAAAUUGAACGGUAGUCGCUCGCGCCUGGUUAGUCCAGUCUACAUCGGAAGUACUGUUUGACAUUGCACUUUGACCCGUUUUUCAUGUGCGCGUUUCCGCCGGCGAAAAGGUUAGUCCAAUGCAAAUGUAAUGUAGCCGGAAAAAACAAGCGCGCAAAUGGGUCUUCUCUGGCGUUUUGCCUCGUUCACCAAGGCACCUCAUUACAAAUGGCUCUCGAGGGCAUAUAGUACACGUCGUCGUGUACUGGUUUAAAAUUGUUCAUUAUAACUGACUUAAAUAUUGGAUAUCAGGAGCUCAUAUAUUCUUGGUAAGAUAACAACAUUACUAUUGAAUGGAGUGAACCAAUAAUUCAGAUCCGUAUAAUUAAUACUGAAUUUUUAACUCUUCGCACCCGAUUUGAUAACGGUACUUGGGGACUUCUUUAACGUCAAUAAUAUAUAAUUAAAAUCGCAAUUACUGUUCGAUGGAUUAUUUGUAUUGUUGACAUCAUAAUUAUUCGGCAAUUUUUCUUUAUUGGACGUGGGUUUUCAAUGUAACUUUUCAACAAACCAAGAGGAACUUUUCAACGAACCAAGGGAGGUAACCUUUGAUUUGAUCACACUUAUUUGAAACACCACAUUCUGCUCUGCGUAAUUGAAGAACCGAAUGUUUCUUUUCAAACGGAAAGAACGUACACGUGCUUCUAUGUAAUAUGUUACAUUUUAUCAUAAUGUAUGCUUUUUGAUGAUUGUGUUUAUAAUUUGUAAAUCUAUGUAUAUAUCUUAUAAAUAAAAAUAUUUGAUAUCUUAAAAAUGAUAAUCAACAGUGUAUUAGAAGGCCGGAUAUUCAUUUGUCGGUGUCGCCGAAAUGAAAUAAAACAGUAAAAUAGACAAAAUAAAUGGAGUCAACAUAUUUAAGACUUUCGAAUGGUAUAAAAAGCAUAUUUCUGCUGAACGAUUUGGUUUAUUAAUUAGAGUUUAAUUCAUUUGGAUUUCCAUUAAAGUCAUAUAUAUUUAUCAAAGCAAUAUAAUCUUUGGGAGGAAAGUAAUAUGGAAGGUAGCAAAAAUAAUCACCAAUAACUUAUAUUAGGGCAACGUGAGAGAAAUUACCAGCAAUGGGGAAACAUUUGUGGCGUGGAUACAGUUACAAAUAUUAAAUACGGUUAUCUCCCCGGUUACGUGUUUCUCUCAAAGUACCCUCGAGUCAGGGACUACCCGAGUUUAAGAGGCUGCCAUCGAUAGCAAAAUAAUUACGGACGUAAAUGAAAUGAAACGGGCUUUAAUGUCCUACUGUUCUGAAUUACGGACGUAAUGUGUAUAAAAUUAUAUCACUACACCUUUUUUGCACCCAGUACCCGAGAAACUCGAGUAAAUAUUUUUUAUGUGGGAUGAACAGACAAGAUUAAGCUAUCAAUAUAUUAAUAAUUUAUCUAAGAUCAAAUAAAAUAUCUAAUAUUGCAGCUAAGCAACUUUACAAAUUUCCAUAGGUAGCCUAACAAAACUAAAAAUCAACAUUCUUAAAAAUUGUUGUUCGAGUGGUAAGAAGAAAAUGUUCAAAUUCAUCCCUUUAAA